UUGUAAAUUACAUGUACUGUACAGUUAUGUAAUAAUAAUUUUUAACACAAUAAUAAAUAAUACAAAACGUGGAAUGUGUAGACAUGUAAGUAAAAUACAUGUAGUUCAGAAAUGAGUUUAGGUGAGAAUGUGCAGGUUAUAUUCUUGGGCCACUAUAGGUCCAUCGGGGGCACGUCCAAUUUAAUGGGGUGGCCGUGAGAUGAUCUUGUGCCAUAAUUGAGGAACGCAGCCAACUCAUAGUUGUAUUGUAGUGUUGCUCGUGUAAUAAAUACAAUCAAGGAUGUAUACAUUGUACGUACAUGUACAAUGUAUAGUCUUUUGCACUCUGAAACUGGUGUGGGAUUAACGAUUUUUUCUGAGCCCUCAAUAAUCUUCAGUAAAAUCAAUGCCCGGUGAUUGUUGCCUUAAACCUCAGUCGUUUCUGCCUUGGAGAGAAAAUUCCAUUAGGUAUAUAUUUAAAGCAUAUUUAUACUGUCGGGCUGUGGAGCUCUCUUUUUUAGAGCAAACCUAACAAAAGUCCAUCUAGCCGCUAUAGCUAGUUGCUGAUGUAGUUGCCAAUGUAGUUGUUGUAACCCUUAACAGUUAAUUAGACUGUUCAGACACUUAAUAAUACAUAAUUGUGAUAUUACUUAUAUGCAAGUUAGUGCUCACAUUACCUUUGCGUGCAUUCAUGCAGAAUUUUGGUACAUAAUCAUUACGGUAAUGAAAGAAAUAAUAGAUGUGACAUACAUGUGGUCAAGUGCACCUCCAGCAAGCUACAUUUUAUAGUACAUGUUGUUGCCAUUUGCAUGGACCCAUUGCCCACCCCACUGACACCACCAGUCCACCUUUCUUUUGACCAGGCAUAAUUAUGCUUAGCAGUUAAAUCCAUAGCUACGUGUAGUGCUUGUCACACUUGAGGCCCUAGCUGGAAUGGUAUUCAGACGACUGCCUUAAUUUCUAUUCCCACCUUUUCAGAGCUACAUGUACUUCCUAUUGCGACUGAUAGCGUCUUUUCCCUAACUGCUCAAACAUACUUACUGACAUAAAUAAAUUAUGUACUAUAUAACCUUGCAUGCGUAUCUACAUGUAUGUGCCGUUGUUCAAUAAUAUAAUGUGCAAUUUUACUCUGUGAUUUAUGUAAAGAAUGGUGCAGAUACAAAUUGGUUGUCUCCACCUUUGUUGCUAUGGUCCCAUUAGCAGGUCUAUUGCAUCCAUACACUGCCCGUACGUGGUCAUUAUUAUCGCAUGCGCAUGUAAUUGUAUACAUCCUGUGAUAUAAAACAAAAACAGCAUUACUUAAAAGUGCCAACCUGUGACCAGUAUAUAUAAAACGGUUAUUGCAUGUCUAUAGUAGUUGAGGCAGAGCUUUCGAGAAUUAAAGAUAAACCAUGGAACGUAACUGUGCUUAUGGCUUGACUGAUGAAAGAAUAGAAGACACCCCAGCAGACAACAAUAUUUCUUACAAUACUGUUGAUCAUGGGACCAUAUCUCUUAAUCAGACCAGGCGGUACAGUAACCCUGGAGAGAAAGAAGAAGAUACAUAUGACGAAAUUGUGAACAAGUUCAAGGCGCCGGCAAAAGACAGUUCGAAGAAGAGUCAAGCUCUAAUUUGCAGUGCAGCUACUUCAGCUUUAGUUAUAUCUGUGCUUUCUCUACUCGUAGCUGUUGCAGCAUUAGUGUUCUUUAAUUCAGAGUUGAGGAACCAACUUUGUAGUGCCACAUGCAACCAGUCUCUGAAUCAACAGCUAUUGUUCACUCAAUUGAAUGAUUCAAUCGCAAAAAUCGAAUCUGUCAUUGGUGAGCUAAGCCCAACUGCUUUUUUCCUAGGGUCUUUAACCAACCCUGCUAGCUCUUGCAAUGAUGACAUCCCCCAAGACAGACCGUCUGGAGAAUACUGGAUUCAAGCUAACAAUACCACUUCUCCUGUUCAAGUCUUCUGUGACAUGGAACGAACUAGCUGCAGCUGCAACCGAACAACAAAAGGAUGGAUGAGAGUUGCCAAUUUGGACAUGACCGACCCCAACCAGACCUGCCCUACUGCAUUCAGUUUGCGGACACGAACAACACCACCACUGCGGACAUGUGGCAGAUCAGUAUUUGAGUGUACAAGUGCUAUAUUUCCAACCUUUGGGAUUGAGUACUCACAUGUGUGUGGUAAAAUCGUAGCUUAUCAAGAUGGAUCCCCAGAUGGGUUUUUCUCUUCCAAUUUUAACAACUCUCUAACGAUUGAUGACAAUUAUGUGGACGGUAUUAGCGUCACUCAUGGACAAUCACCACGACAACACAUCUGGACAUUUGCUGGAGCUUUGGAUGAACGGACCUCAUAUGGUGCCAACCGUUCUUGUCCCUGUAUCAAUUCUGAAAUCGAAACUGGAAGUGCACCGUCGUUUAUCAAUCAAGAUUAUUUCUGUGACACUGCGAGUAGAGAUGGAUUUCAACACAUUUUCUAUCCUGAUGAUCCACUCUGGGACGGUCAGGGAUGUGGGCGUGCCAGUACUUGCUGCCAAUUGAAAAACCCACCGUGGUUCUGCAAGCAACUCCUCCAGCCAACUACAGAUAAUAUUGAACUGAGGAUGUGUUUCGACAGUUUAGUCAGUGAUGAAGACACACCACUUGAACUCGUUCAACUUUUUAUACAUAGCUAGAAAUAAGUUAACCAAAAUAUACUCAUGCAUAUCAAUUUUCAAUGAGUUCAACAUAUUUAUAAUGUAUGCCAAAUAAUUACUGAUUGUGCUCCUCUUUAGUAAAACAGUUGUAACACUAUGACAUUGGCAAUUUAAAUGGGAUCGGCAGAGCAUAAUAUAAUACAGUGGAACCUCCAGUAACGAUCACCUUCGAAGAGAAACCAUGCUAUGAAACGGCCAAGAGCUCUGGUCCGGAUUGAAAGAGCAACCUUUCAGGAACGGCCACCUCUCUACUCCAUAUAACGAGCAGCCUUUUAGUCCCCUUUAACAAUGGAAAAUAAUCUCUCAGAACAGACAGCCACACUCAGAAUUAGCAGAAAAUUAUUGCUGAGAUCGAUAACAUAUUAUCGUGAAAACCUAGCUGUAGCUUGUCUCUACAGCCUUUUGAAAGCUUGUAUGAGCUAUAGAAGCAGUUAGCAAAGCUCCAAGAUUCAUUUGCAGCAUGACUCAGAGCAUACAUGUGAUUGGCAAUCGGAACCUCUCAACGAACAUCACCUCUCUAUUAUAACGGCCAAAAGGCUGUUCCCCAAAUAUAUUAUGGAGGUUCCACUGUAGCAGGACACAUAAUGUAUGUCUAUUGUGGACAUAACACUCCCAAAUGUAUCGAUACCUAGAUACAGUAACUGAGUAUUCCCCCAUACC